AUGCUGAAUCUAUCACGUGCCAUGGCCAUGCAAAUAGCAUGUCCAUCUAGCUCCAUAGCGCGUACAAUGAGCAACGUAACGCCCGCUAUUAUCACGGACGAUACGCGCAUCCGUGCCGUCUUACCGACACUCAAACUGCUUCAAUCGGGUGCCUGCACGGUGUUGUGCUCGCAUCUGGGCCGUCCUGACGGUGAGACAAAGAAUGAGCUCCGUCUUACGCCCGUAGCCACACGUCUUGGUGAGCUACUUGGUAGCCCCAUUAUAAACCUAGACGACUGCGUCGGUCCACAGGUGGACGUAGACAUUGAAGCGCUGGCGACGGCAGAUCGUCCGCCGAGGAACGUCUGUUUUUACAGACAAGAGACAAAGAAUGAUCCUGAGUUUGGCGAACCAGCUCGCUCAGCGGAACUGAUAUCUAUGUCAAUGACGCGUUCGGCACGCUCACCGUCGCUCACGCUUCGAUGGAAGGUGGACCAAUUACAUCAAAACCAACGUGGCAGGGUUUUUGAUUUAGAAGGAGCUCGCGCACCCGUCCGGUGCAGUGGACGCCUUGGACGUCCGUUGGGUGCCAUCGUUGGCGGCGCCAAGGUGUCUACCAAGAUUCCCGUGCUCAAGCCUUGCCGCAAAAGUGUGACAACAUUAUGA